AUGUCCACCCAUCCCGCCGUCGUAACAGUCACCCCCGGCGGCCCUCUCCAAAUCCAGCACAUCCCCACCCCUCCCAUCGCCAGCAACCAAGUAAAACUCAUCAACCAAUAUACCGCCUCCACGCCCCUCGAUCUCCACCAAGCAGACGCACACCUCCUAGUCAACCCUCCCCAAAUCCUCGGCGACAGCGUGGCCGGCACAGUCCUCGAAGUCGGCCCUGACGUCAAAAGACUCCGCCCUGGCGACCAGGUCUUCGGUUUCGUCUGGCGAUUCCAAGCCGAAAAGGCGCACCAGCUCUACGUCGUCACGGAGGAGAAGCUGCUCGCGAAGCUACCGCCGGGCCGGAGUCUGCAAGAAGUGGUCGUGGUCCCGGAUAACUUCGUCACGGCAUGGCACGCUUUGUCCAAAGAUCUCGGCUUCGAUCUCCCAUGGCCUAAGCCGGAAGGGUAUGUGUCUCCUGGAAAGGAUAGCUGGAUCGUGGUUUGGGGCGGGAGCUCGAGUGUGGGGAUGUAUGCGAUUCAGAUCCUCAGGUAUUAUGGGUACGGGAAUGUGGUUACGACGGCGUCGAAGGCGCAUCAUGAGCGGUUGGUGCGGUAUGGGGCGAGUGUUUGUCUUGACUAUCGGGAUGAGGGGACUGUCGAGCGGAUUAGAGACAGGCUGAAGAGUGGACCAAGUCAGAGGGAUUUCGUCUUGGACUGUAUCGGAAGUCUGGAAGGAAGCGUAAGGCCACUCGCACGGGUUGCUACUACAAAGGGAGCCAAAGUCGCUAUCCUGCUUCCCGUCAUCAUAAAGGAUGCCGCUCCAGGAAUCAGACCGGAAUACGAGAUGGACGUCCAGGCUUGCGCGGCAUGGGCCCAGGGCGUGGAGGUCUCCGGCGUCAGGACGCAUACUUACAUGACUGAUGAGUUUUUGGCGGAGAGACUGCAGCCGGAGAUGAUGCCUUGGGCAAUCGCAGAGAAGACUGUGGAGCCCAAUGAUCAGAUUAUCGUUGAAGGCGGUACUCUGCUGGAGCGCGCUGAGAGAGCACUUCAAUUGCUGCGUGAGAAGAAGGUCAGUGGCGGGCGACUGGUGUGGAGGGUUGCGGAGGAGGAGGAAGUGAAGACUGCGAUGGAGCAGUUUUGCAGUUGA